AUGGACCACUUCAGAUAUCCAUUACCACUCUCCACUAAACCCGCUUCUGCGACUUUCCCUCCGACCCAUGGAUCCACACGGCCCAAUGAGACCAGCGAACCGCUGCAACCAGACGACCAGGCCUCCCGUCAUGAGAUCGGGGGAACAGAGACGCGUCACAGAUCCUCUCACCGAUCCUUAGCCGACUGGCAUCUCGACGUGGGAAAGUUGCAGCACCACCGGCAUAAACAGAGCAAGUCGCGCGAACUCCGCCUUCCACGCCCCAUGAGCCAUCUCGCCUCUUCCGCGAGUGCCCGAGGUUUGCUACCCACCUGGUCUGGAAGCCGUGACAAGGAUCGGGAGGAAGAUGGGCUCUUGCGACCGACUACCCGGGAGACGACGCGAUCGCGUUGGGGUUCGGAUUCCACCUCGGGACUAGGCAGCGGCAGCCGAAGUCGCAAGGGCAGCAUUCUAGACCCUCCUGAGCAACAGGGGCAACUGGGUCCGAUUCGGAGGCAGGAGAUCCAAUCGAUGGAGGAUCUGGUACAGGUGACGAAGCGAAGGAAACAAGGUGAACAAUACUUGCGCUCCGCGCUCUCCUCCAUUGGAACCUUGGCGACCGACGUCACCCGACGACUCGACUACACCUACUAUAACUUGCUUGAGAAAAUUACAGCACUCAACUCGACGAUCGGGUCCUUCCAGGACCUCUCGGAUACAGCGUCAACCCUCCUGAGCGACUUCGAGCGCGAAACCGCUGGGCUCGACCAAGAGACCCGCAAGCAGAUCAAUGAUCUCCAGGGAUUUCAGCCCCAGAUCCAAAAGGCCGACGCCCUGGAGAAACGAAUGAAGGCGGGACGGCAACGAGUCGAAGAUCUCGGCAAGCGUCUCGAGAGCGUCCGAGGCGAGAUUGACCGCUGGGACCAACGAGAGUCAGAAUGGCAGUCUCGAGUUAGCCGUCGACUGCGAAUCUUUUGGGCCAUCAUUACCAGUGGCCUGCUCGUGCUCGUCUUGGCUCUCGUGAUCCAAAAUUGGCCCGCACUGCAAUCCUCUAGCCAAUUCCCUGAUCUAAUCGAAACAUUGAACCAGACUUCCCUUGGUAAUCCACUAGACACUUGGGAAUCCGUUCUGGGUGACUCGGAGGUCACGACUAGUUCAUCAUGGUAUCCAUCCGGUCUGGCAGAUCGUCGACAGAGCCUGGAACAGGCAAACAGCGUCACGGCCAUGAGUUCUCUAGCCAGCUCAGACGCUGCACCGACUGAUGAUCCUCUAUGUGUACUGGAUGAACUGUAA